CUCUUCAAUGGGAAAGAAACAAAAACAACGCGGCCGUUCCGAACAGUAACUACCAACCGACUUGCACGUAACAAUCGUUUCCUAUUUCUGGCGCACGUCGUCGACGUCUCGUCCUGGUGUCGGGUGCUCCUCACGCGCGACGUGUUUCGGGACGCCAGAGAAGCCCAAGCUGUGAAAUUGCAUGGAAAGUGAACUUGAUCAGUGUGAUACAAUUGAAUUUUUAGUGCGAUUUUACUGUGCUUAUGGAUUGACAACUACGGGACCCUCGCGAGUUACAUGGCAGGUUGUUGGCGGGUUGACUCUGGACGUGCGCGUUGCGGAUAUCACGCUGGACGGCCAACCCUUUCUUUAGUUAGUGACGCGAACGACCGAAUCGCACUGUGAAACUGUCAAAAUCAACUCGCGAAACUCCGAAUUCCAACAAAGUGUGUUCAUCACCAUCAUCAUAAAAUACUUCAACCUAGGUUGAAAUCUUUGAAAUUAAAAGAUUCUAAGAGAUUGAUGGAUUAUUCUCCAACUUACAGUUGAUACAUUUAAAUGUUCUCGUGACGGUUGUGCGGAUUGUAGCCGUCAUUUUUUCGUGCGUUAAGGGAGUGUGGUGUCGGUGAACGCCGUCCGGAUGCCAGCCGGACACUUGGAGGAGGACGACUUCGUUGUGGUCAAGACGCGUUCGACGACGCCUGAUGGUCCGGUGGCCGGCGGCGGCUUCUGGCUGUCGGCCACCGGCGCGCCCCAUCCGGCCGCCCAUCCACUGGACGGUUGCAAUGAAACGGGCUUCAUCAACAGCCAGCCGUCGAUGGCCGAAUUCAUGACGGCGCUGCCACAUCUAGCUUCCGCCGGGGCUGAUCUUCAGCAUGCGGCUAUGAGUCCGCAGCAUACGCCACCCGCCGGUUAUCCUAUGGAUGUACCGCAUGGGCUUGGCUCGCCCGGCGUUAAUGUGCCUGAGUAUCCGUGGAUGAAGGAGAAGAAAACUACUAGGAAGAAUAGUCAACAAGAUAAUCGCCUUGCAGAAAACGGCCUCCCUAGACGUCUGAGGACAGCCUACACCAACACCCAGCUUCUGGAACUGGAGAAAGAGUUCCACUUCAACAAAUAUUUAUGUCGACCAAGGAGGAUUGAAAUUGCUGCUUCGUUGGAUCUCACUGAAAGACAAGUUAAAGUUUGGUUCCAAAAUCGUCGUAUGAAACACAAACGACAAAGUGUUGGUAAAUCCGGUGAAGAUGGCGAUGAUAAAGAUUCCGUAACCAGUGAAGGAGGCAAGAGUAAAAUGUCCGAAAAAUAUCUCGACGAUGAGUUGGCGAAAAAGAGUUGUCAAGGUUGCGAGAUGCCCACAGCGGCACUCUGUGGUACUAACCAUGAAGACGUCCCUGAUUUAGGCUCCAACCGAGGGAAUAACAACAACACCCCCAGUGCUACUAACAACAACACCAGUUUCAAUAACAACAGCAACGGCGCUAGCAGUGUUGCAUCAAGUGGAUCCUUUGAUAAAAUGAUGGAGGAAGAUAGCAGGUCUAACGAGGACACGGCUGCACAUUCCUCGCCACGUGUAAACAAAAAGAACUCAAUUGGAGGUAGCAGUAAUAUCAAUAUUAAACUAGAAGCAAGACGGAAUUCUCCAAAUUCUAUAGAUCGAUUAGACCAACAUAGCCGGAAGACAGUUUUAACGAAAAUAUCUCCGAAUAGUAUGAAGGAUGGUCCCAUGGAUCAGGUCAAAGGAAACAAAGUUGUUAUUAACAAUCAAAUGCAGAGUCCUUUGGGUAACACUUCUAGUGCCCUUGGUGGUAGUAUGAUGUAUCCGCAUCUUCAGAGGUCUUCACCUACCACAGCCACGGCAAUUGCUUCCGCAACAGUUACAAUACAAAAUGUCCAACCGAACGUACCCAAUGUCUCUGUACCUAAUGGACCUAACGGAUCAAACAUUCCAGCAUUCGCUGCGCGUGGAACCGGCGCUGCAGCGCAAAACAAUCACUAUCAGAAUUACGCAAUGGGCGAUUACCGAACAGCAGCUGAUCGCAAAGCGCAGUACUUGCAACAAUAUCAGAAUAAUCAAGAUGUCUACGCUGAAGCAGAUUAUUCCAACCGGCUAGCAACUGGUCAUAGCCAACUUGCUUCAGGUCACCAUCCUAACAACACCACGGUGACAGCUACCAACCGCCGGCGACAAUCCUAUCAAAGUCCCUAUCAAUCCCAACAGCAUUACUACUACAACAAAACCCAUGAGGGUUAUCAACAAUCGUUACAUAAUAACAACCCUUACAAUGCACAAUACCAGGAGUACAAUUAUGGUUAUCCAGGUGCGAUGUAUUCGAAUGAUGCUGGUGUGACCAAUGAGAUGACCCCACAUAUGGGUACACAUGCAACUUCACAUCCUACACCCGCGGCUCCUGCCGCUCCAGUUGCACAUCACGAAGCUGCCUACUACAACAACGACCAUGCAAUGAUGCAGCAUAAUGCAGGUGCUGCUUCCGGGAAGAUCUACUAUGACAGCGCUGCUUAUAAUGCAACCCAGACUACACCAGCGGAUCCUUCGGGAUACAUCAGUGCUGCCGCCAGUAACCCGGCGGAUAUGUACAGUCCUAAUCAAAGUCAAAACGCUGCGCAAGCAAUGGCGUCUGCUAUUAUGACACCACCAACUAGUGUACAGACAGAUUCCAGCGAUAAUUACAAUUCUUUUCAUCAGUUCUACGCUGGAGGUGAACCCCAAGGUCAUCCACAGCAGACUCCGGGCGAAAACAGUAACAGUUCGUCGGAUUUCAACUUUCUUAGCAACCUAGCAAAUGACUACACGCCUGAAUACUAUCAGAUUUGAUUUGAGUGCAAUUACUAAACACUAAGUUCUAAACAAAUGUAAAAAAUUCAACAUGGAUUCUGUAAAAUAGCGUUACAAUCAGUCAGAGUCAGAGAUUCAUCCGGGAGGCGACUUUAAACACUCGUAGUGCAUAGCUAAUUAAUUACUAAAGUGAUAUUAAUUAUCUUGGACACAUGAAUAGAUUUAUUCAUUGCAAGCAUUCAACAUGAACUCAAAGUGAUAUAAAUCUAAUUGAUAUACUUAAAUAGAUGAACAGAACAACACUUUUAAUCCGUAGACAAUCGAAACAUUUGGAAUCUAAACUAAAAUGAUUAAAUAACAAACAGAAAGAAAUCACCAAAGCUAAAUUUAAACAUAAAACACUUCAGAAUAAAUAGUAAGAUUAUAUAAACAUGCAAAAAGCAACAGUUAAACAUUUGUACAUAUUAUUUCAUUGUAACAUAUUCACGUCACCAAUUCACCAACGUAUUGCAAAACAAAACCAAGCACCACUUCAAUUCAAUUCAAUCGAAUUCUAUUCUAUAAUAAUUGAAUCAUAACUAAACUCUAAAAAUAAAUGAAAGCAAUGUUUAUGCAUUGCAAUAAUGUUAAUUUCACUUUCAAAGUGCUAAACAAAUGCAUCAUUUUUAAAUAAACACUUGCCACAUUUACACUACGAACACCCUGUAUACAUAUUAUUCAACACACACGAUGACACCGCCACCUACACACAAAAUUCGAUACUAAUCAAUGAAUAAGUUAUCUAAUUGAAUAUUUGUUGUUGUUCCACUGUACAUAAUUAAAUAUGUUGUGCGUACAUAUGAUUUGCAAUGAGUGGUUGUUUUUCUUCAGAUGAACAACAAACACGUUGUCGCAUAAUUCGCAUCAAGGCAUGAAUAAAACAAAAUACUAAAUGUAUAUGAACAUGAUAUUGGUAACAUUGAUUAUAUAAAUGAAUAAGUAAUGUAAGAUUUUAAUUAAUUGAUUAUACGAUGAUAACAUUAUUAAUAUUAUUAAUUCCAAGAAUUGUAAUAAUAUCGCUCUUAUUGAAUAAUGAAAUGAACACACUUUUUAUUGAUUCUCCUUUAUACAUACAUAUUGCAUUAUUAUUGAUGGGGACGAGUCGGAUGCGAUGAUAAUGUGUUAGUUAAAUUUAUUUUUAUUACUAUUGUGUAAUUUGAUUGUAAUUUGUAAUUAUGAUUAUAAGAUUACAUGAUGAAAUUGCGUUAUUGUACUAUUUCUAUUAUAUAAAUACUUAUUCGAUUGCGAA